UUAUGCAUUUAUUUAUUUAUUAGACAUCUCAACUCCUACAUUUUUCUCUACAUUAUUUCUUUUGUUCUUCAUAAACCCCAAAACAAGUUUUUAUUAAGAAUUUUUUUCUGGGUUUAAUUAAAAAAAAUCAUUUUUUUUGGUUGUAAAACAUGGAGAGAUAUGAACCAAUAAAGGAAAUAGGUUCUGGGAAUUUUGGAGUUGCUAGAUUGGUGAUUGAUAAGAAAACUAAGGAGCUUUUUGCUGUUAAAUACAUUGAAAGAGGAAAAAAGAUUGAUGAGAAUGUUCAGAGGGAGAUUAUCAAUCAUCGAUCAUUAAAGCAUCCAAAUAUCAUCAAGUUUAAAGAGGUUUUCGUAACACCCACGCAUUUGGCGAUUGUAAUGGAGUAUGCUGCUGGAGGAGAGCUCUUUAACAGAAUAUGUAGUGCUGGUCGAUUUAGUGAAGACGAGGCAAGGUUUUUCUUCCAGCAGCUGAUAUCUGGAGUCAGCUACUGUCAUACCAUGGAAAUCUGUCAUAGGGAUCUAAAACUGGAAAAUACUCUGCUUGAUGGUAGUCCAUCACCUCGCCUUAAGAUAUGCGACUUUGGUUACUCCAAAUCUGGGAUACUGCAUUCACAGCCUAAGUCGACAGUGGGUACACCUGCAUAUAUUGCACCUGAGGUCCUGUCGCGUAAGGAAUAUGAUGGGAAGAUUGCUGAUGUUUGGUCUUGUGGAGUGACAUUGUAUGUGAUGCUGGUGGGAGGAUAUCCUUUCGAGGAUCCUGAAGAUCCAAAAAAUUUCCGCAAGACAAUUGCAAGAAUACUGGGUGUUCAAUUCUCUAUUCCAGACUAUGUGCGCGUAUCAGCAGACUGCAAGAACCUCCUUUCACAAAUCUUUGUCGCUAACCCCUCCAAGAGGAUCACAAUCCCUGAGAUCAAGAAGCACCCAUGGUUUCUGAAGAAUUAUCCAAAGGAUCUUGUUGAAGGGGAGAAGACAAACUAUGGAGAAAAGAACGGUGGUGAUCUACAGGUCCAAAGUGAAGAGGAGAUUAUGCAAAUCAUAAAAGAAGCACAAACGCCGAGGGAAGCAACCAUAGGAGAACAGGCUGCAGAAUCCGAAGCACAAGAAGCUGAUGAUGAUUUAGAGGCUGAACUGUUGGAUUCUGAUCUCAGUGGUGACUUUGUCUCUCCCCCUUAUUAAUAAUACUUGAAUCCGGCCGCCUUAUUAUCUGAUACCAAGUACUGAAUUCAGCUGUACAUUACAAAUUAUUGCAUCAGUUGUGCUUGAUGUCCUGCACAAAGUUUAGUGUUUUUUUUUUUUUUUUUUUUUUUUUUUUUUUUUUUUUUUUUUUUUUGUAUGUCUUGGAAUACACAGACACUUCUGUUAAGUUACUGAUCUGAUCCUUAGA